AUGUCAAAAAACAAAAUAUCACUGUUGCGUUAGUUGUGCACAGAGUACAUUUUCGACGAUUUUUCUGGACAAAUAUAAUUAGGACACGUGUACUUGCUUAUUUUGGUGUCAUUAGAGAAAUCUGAAACAUAUUAAAGUGUUGCAAUCGGACAGUGAAAUAUCGACUUUUAUUAUUGAACAGAUAUCUUAGAAGCGACUAAAAUGUCGGAAUUUAAUGACUGGUUCAAUAGUGUACCUUUCUUUACUCGUUAUUGGUUGGCGUUUACAAUAGGUUUAAGUUUAAUAGGACGGUUUGGGGUAAUCAGUUACUAUUAUUUUAUAUUGGACUACUACCCCUUCAUACAUCAAUUCCAGAUAUGGCGGCCGAUCACAGCUUUAUUCUAUUAUCCGAUAGGUCCAUCGACUGGUUUCCACUUCCUCAUCAACUGUUACUUCCUGUACAACUACUCACAGAGAUUGGAACUAAGUAUGUUUGCUGGCAAACCGGCCGAUUACUUCUACAUGUUACUAUUUAACUGGCUCUGCUGUGUUAUCAUUGGAUUAUUGGUUAAUUUACCAAUAUUAAUGGACCCCAUGGUACUCUCAGUGUUAUAUGUAUGGUGUCAGUUGAACAAGGAUGUGAUAGUUUCAUUCUGGUUUGGAACACGUUUCAAGGCGAUGUACCUACCAUGGGUGUUGCUAGCCUUCAAUCUCGUCAUAAGCGGAGGUGGAGCCAUGGAACUGUUGGGAAUACUCAUUGGCCAUCUUUCUUUCUUCCUGUUAUUUAAAUAUCCACAAGAAUUUGGUGGACCGGCUCUCUUGACCCCACCAGCAUUUUUGAAAGAAUUAUUCCCUGAUACCCGUUAUGUUGGAGGUUUCGGUACCGCUCCUCAAUCAAGACCAACUGCGAGAGGCGGUAAUAUGUUUGGACACAAUUGGGGUCGAGGACAGACACUCGGUGGAAAUUAAACUGUGAUAUGGAUUGGACGACUUCAGUCGCUUUGAUUUUGAUAUUAGUUCUAAACUCUUAUUUUUAACUGGUAACAAAACAAGGAGGUUCUGCAUUUGAUAUAUAUUUUUUUUAUAAUAUAUAGAAUAUACAUUGAAUUUCCUUAAUAACAUCAUUUAAAAUAUUCUUUUGCAUUAAAUAUUUCAGUAAAUAAUACAUUUGAGUUCUGAUAGUUAUUAUAACAGAUAAGAAAUAUUUUUCUCCAUAUGUAUGUAUCUUGUUGUGUGAAUUUUCGUCAGAAUUGAUUCAAAGGUACUGUAAUGAUUGCGGUUUGUGAUCUGUGUGAAGAGAAUUAUCAUAAUAAAAUUUCUAUUGUAUAGAUGUCUCUUGUCAAAUUAAUUUUACAAGCUGAUAAAGGUUUAAAGACUUUAUUAGUUAUUAAUUUUUAAAUUUAAAUACUUUUUUUUUAACUUAGUUUAAACUUUGGUUAUAUGUUUUAUCAGAAUUAUGUACAUAAAACAUAAUUAUAUUUCUAUAUAGUUGUUUAAAAAUAAAAUGAAUUGAAUAUUA